AUGACCAAAGAUGAGUGGAAAGCCAUCGCUGAAGAGUUCCAGAGACGCUUGAAUGUGCCCCACGCUUGCGGUGCCCUUGACGGCAAGCACGUUGCCAUCAAGAAACCCCCUCAUUCCGGAUCAGAGUACUUCAACUACAAGGGUUUCUUUUCCAUCGCUGUGUUGGCAUUGGUGGAUGCCAAUUACCGCUUCUUGUGGGCUGAUGUUGGUGGCGUUGGUUCUCAGUCUGAUGCCCAGAUCUACAACGCUUCGGAUCUUGCAGAAGUCCUUCAGAGUGGAGAGAUCAACCUGCCUGACGAUGAGCAUCUUCCAAAUGACGACAGACCACAUCCAUAUUUCAUGCUGAGUGAUGACGCAUUCGCCUGA